UCUCACUCAAGCUCUGAGCUACACAGUUACUAGUUGUGCUCCCAUUAAAGCUGAAAACAUGACAAUUGUUCGUACAUUAGUUGUGUUAGUUUUUAUGCAUGCAUAUAUUUUUGCUGAAGAACUCAUACAGCAUGGCGGAUUCGAAGAGGAAGGGUACACGGCGUUUUGGGACUGUACAAAUUGCGACAUGGCACGUGUACAAGACAGUCACGGAGGAUUAUAUGCACUGAAAGUGGAAAACAGGGCAGAUGAAAGUGCUGGACCACAUCAAACAGUAAAUGUUACUAGGAAUGCUUUCUAUGGGGCCGAAUCCUAUGUCAAGCUGCUGACUGACGAAGAGGGGUCGGUUCAUACUAGAUUAGAGCUGUUUACAAAGAUCACCCACACAGAUGGAACAAAAGAAAGUAGAAAAAUCGGCAAUGGCCCUUAUAUGACAACGGCAGAAGGUUGGAAGAAACUUGGAGGCGUGUUCAGGGCACCUGAGAAAGACAUAGAUGACUUAAAAAUCUAUUUCAAAGGCCCGGGCCCGUCAGUGUCCUUCUUACUUGACAGCGUCUCUCUGAAGUUAAUUCCAGAAAUGAGUGAUAAUUGGAAAGAAGAAGCUAACGAAACAAUUCAGCAAAUCAGAAUGGCUGAUAUUAACCUCGAAGUGUUCAUAGGAGAUGAAUACGAAUUAAGUGACGUAGAAGUGAGGGUAGAUCAAGUAAGAAGCAAAUUUCCAAUCGGGGCAAUGGUCAAGGCAGACAGGAUUCUUGAUGAAAACGACAAUAAGUACCGUGAAUUUGUGAGCGAGACGUUUGAGUGGAUCACGAUAGCCAACGCUUUGAAAUGGAGGUUAAUGCAACGGGAAGAGGAUUUGCUGGACUACGAAAAACCCAAUCAAACGGUUGAUUGGCUUGUGGAAAAGGGCAAAGAAAUACGAGGACACAAUGUUUUUUGGGGUGUUCCGAAAAAUGUUCCAGAGUGGCUGAAAGACAAGUCAGCAGAAGAAGUUAAAAAACAUGUGGACGACCGGUUAAAGGGGGUCGUUCAGGCAUUUAAAGGGAGAUUGGCCCACUGGGAUGUAAACAAUGAAUUCAUCGCUGGACACGGAGACUGGUACGAACAAAAAACUGGAGACAGGUUCCUUACAGAGAAAAUGUUUCAGAAUAUCUCUGUCAUUGACUCUGACGUGAAACUGUUUUUUAACGAGUUUAACGUAAUAAACGGAGGAGCUUCUACGGACGCCCUUGUUGACAUGGCAGAGCAAUACAAGGCUAAAGGUCUUCCUCUGUAUGGUAUUGGAACACAAGGCCAUCUUAAAAACACUGGAUACCCAGACAUUCUAAGGAUUAAGGUAAACCUUGACAAACUAGCCACGACUGGUCUCCCAGUUUGGAUCACGGAGCUGGACACACCGGCUGUCGAUAUAAACGACAGAGGAGACUACUAUACAGAUGUGCUGACGUACCUGUACAGUCACCAUGCGGUGGAAGGAAUCAUAAUAUGGCUGUGGCACGAUGACGGAAAUAUGAGGAAGAAUUACACAAAUCUGGCAGGGGGGCUUGGUAAUGAUUUCCAGUUGAAUGAUGCAGGGAUCAGGGUUCAAAACCUUUUAAGGAAGACAUUGCGAACUAACAAAGUUAUCAAGCCGACUUCCCAGUUGAGUACCAUGGCAGUAAGGGCCUUCAUGGGGGACUACACCAUAAAGGUGUUGCACAAUGGAGAGACAGUUCUGGAGAAGAUGGUCACAGUUGGAAAGGAAGGUGCAAAUGUCAGCUUGCAAGCAGGGUCAGGACUGAGCUGUGUGAACAGAUGGUCUGCACAAUCCGGAGUUGGUAACGGGGAAACUGUGACAGUUCCAUGUGAUGAUGGUGAAAUCAUGACAGGAUGUUCCUCAAGAACUAUUGAUAAAUCAGAAUAUAGAGAUGGUGAAAGGUUUGGGCGGGAUUCCUCAACCAAAGAACGCUUUUGCAAGGCUAUCAACAGUGCCGGUUCCACUGCCCCUGUCCAAGCCAUUGCCCGCUGCUGUAAACUACCUGUGGACCUGCAGUGCUCCUACCCCCCAGCACAAACUUCAGGCACCGGCGAUAAUGAACAAAUAUCAAUUCCUUGCCCCUCAGGCGAAGUACCAACAGGUUGCGCUUGCCUUGCUUACAGAAUGACCUUUGAUGGAUCUUUCCCUGAUAUGAAUACUUCAUCGUGUAUAGCACAAAAUGAUGGGGAAAACGGAGGAUCUGUUGGGACUGGUGCCUGUUGUCAAGCAAGCGGCUUGGAGUGUGUCACCAAAAUGUCAGAGCGCAGUGGAGACAAUCAGGGUGAUCAAGUUUCUGUCAGCUGUGAUGCUGGGUAUACCAUCACAGGAUGCAAUGUCUACAAUGAUUUUGGUGGAACAGCUGGGGCAUACACAGCACCGGGUGAUGGCAAUGGCCUUUGCAUAGCAUUUAAUGGCAGAAAUAGGACCACGCCCAACCAAGGUGUGAAAGCUGUGGUCACCUGUUGUAGGAUUGCAAACUAAUAUUGAUACCAAGGAAAAAGUC